AUGUCCUGCUCCAGCCUGUGCGUCCCCAGCUGCGGGGUGGCCACCCCGGCCCCUCUGGCUGACACCUGCAACGAGCCCUGCGUGCGGCAGUGCCCCGACUCCACGGUGGUGAUCCAGCCCCCGGCCUCGGUGGUCACCUUCCCCGGGCCCAUCCUCAGCUCCUUCCCGCAGCAGAGCGCCGUGGGCUCGGCAGGAGCUCCCUACGUGGGAGCCGGCUCCGGUGGCGCCUUUGGAAGCCGUGCUGGCUACGGAGGAUUUGGUGGCUACGGAGGAUUCGGAGGCUACGGGGGUUAUGGAAGCCGUUAUGGUUACGGGGGUUGGGGCUAUGGAGGCCGUGGGGGCUACGGGGGAUGGGGCUGUGGAGGCUACGGAGGCUAUGGAGGCUAUGGGGGCUAUGGCAGCUGUGGCACCGGGGGCUGGAGCAGUGGCCACCGCUACCUCAAUGGCAACUGCGGGCCCUGCUAA